GGGCCCGCCGUGGGAGCGCGCGUGUGCGGGGUUGUGGAUCUGCAGGUGUCUCGCCUGGGUGUGUGCGGGUGUCUGGCUCCGAGUUUGUGCUGGGGUGUGCGGGGAGUGGUUGUAUCGGUCCCGGGAAAUGUUGGGGCUGUGUCCCCGUCGGAGCGUAUGCCCUGUCCCUGUGUGUUUGCGUAGGGUUCUCUGUGUACGCCGCGCUUGAGGGGGGGGUGCUGUUUAUGUGUGGUGUACCUCUGCGUGUGUGUGUGUGUGUGUGUGUUCUCUGUGAGAGUUGUCUGUGUGUGCUGGUUGAGGGUGAUUCUGUAGGUCUGUGUUGCCCGCGUGUGUCCUAGUGUGUUGGUGUGUUGCUUGAGUGAGCUGUUGGUGUGUUUAUGCGUGUGUGUGUUGCCCGAUGUGCUGUGUUUGUGUGUGCUUGUGUGUCUUGCCUGUGUGGACCGUCUGUCUGUCUGCAGGGCACGGGGCUCAGCUCAGUGUUUGCGAUGGUGUACUUGCCGAAGAGCAUCAUGUGUGUUCUGCCCAGGUAUUUGUGUGAGUUCUGUGUGGUGUGUGUCUCCGGGUGGAUGGUGGGGGGUUGUCUCGGUCUGUGUUUGGCUUGUGUGUCUGGCAUCGCUGUCUGGGAAUUAAGGACCUCGGCUGGUUCUGUGGGGUCUGAGCAGAGCAGUCAGUGGGUGUUGCUGGCAGCCUCUUGUACAGGUCGGUCCGUGUCUGAGCCUCAGUGUGUGUGUGCGUGUGUGUUGGCUCUGACGGGCUUGUCUCUGUGAUCGGCUGGCUCGUGUGUGUCAUGUGGGCUGCGUGUGUGUAGUGUUUAUGUCAGUCACGUGAGACCAGUGUUUUCUGUGGGUGCUCUAGGUGUGCGUGCUGCCAGGGCAGUGGGAUUAGUUAGUGUGUGUGUGUGUGUCCCUGGGGCUGACAGUUGGUGAUGGUGUUUUGAGGUUGGAGAAAGAGGGUGGGUUGAUGUCUGCUGUUCCGCUGUUGCGUCUGUGUGUUGUUGCCGGCAUGCGGUGAUGCAUCUGAAUCUGAUGACAUGUGUCUGUGUGUGCCUGCUUUAAGUGUGUCAGGCUGAGAGUUAGUGACAACUGGGUGUGUUUCAGUUGUGUUGGUCCGUGUGUGUCCAUGGAGGUCUGUUUUGUGCUGAUGUGUGUGUGGGUCCUGAGGGGUGUAGGUCUUCCCUAUUUUGUGUAUUGUGGGGAGGGGCAUGUGUGUUUGAGAGGUGUGGUAGUGCCUAUUUAGAGUGUGUCUCUGUCUGAUGGCUGCCUCGUGUGUCCAGUGGGUGAGGUCUUGACAGUUUGUGUAUGUGUGUACGGGAUGGAGGGGACGGGUUGCCCCAGACAGCAUGGAUUGUGUGGCUCACUUUUCCGGUGGUCUGUGUGCAUGUGUAUGUCUACGUUUUGGUCAGUGUUUGUGUGUGUGUCCUGGGUACAGAGUAGCAAUGUCUGAGCCUGGGGCCGUUUCAGUGUUUCUGUCCAAAUGGGAGAGGAGGUGGGAGGUCAAGCUGGCCAGUCCUGUGUGAGCCCUAAUGUGUGUGUUGUGUACCCUCCCUACACGCCCCCAAUAAGUCCCUUCCAUCUGGGUCCUGCUUGAGUCCCCGUGUGUGCUGUGGGAGCCAUCACAGUGCCUGGCUGCCCUCUGUGCGUGCCCAUCACUGUGUUCGGAAAGCUGACCCCAGCAGCCCAGGCCCUGUGUGAGUCCCAGGUCCUGUGAGGUUGUGUUGUGGGGCUGUCAGCCCUCCUACACAUGCAUAUCUGACAGAUCCACAAGUCUAGGUCCUGCGUGAGCCCUUGUUCUUGCCAUGAGAGCCAUCGUGUGCCUCCUCAUCCCUCCUGUGUGCCCAUGACCGUGUUUGUGGGAGGUUGUGCUGGCCAGCCAGUGCCUUGGGUCAGCCCCCCCACCAUGGGGGGGGCGUGUCUCUUGGGGCCUUCUCACCUGCCUCCCCUCCAUCUGGGCCUUGUGUGUGUUGUGGGUGCCAGCCCUGGGCUUCCCUGCCUGCCACGUGUGCUCAUGCCUGGGUUCAGGAGUGGGGUGCCCUGUGUACCCCAGGGAGGGGGGUGUCCUGGGGGCCGGCCUGAUGCCCCCUGCACUUCUCGGCUGACCGCGCCCCUCUGUCCUGUCCUGCAGGCCCCAGGGAGCGCCAUGGCCCGAGCACGCCAGGAGGGCAGCUCCCCGGAGCCCGUAGAGGGCCUGGCCCGCGACGGCCCGCGUCCCUUCCCCCUCAGCCGCCUGGUGCCCUCCGCCGUGUCCUGCGGCCUCUGCGAACCCGGUCUGCCUGCCGCCCCCGCCGCCCCCACCCUGCUGCCCGCUGCCUACCUCUGCGCCCCCACCGCCCUGCCCGCCGUCACCGCCGCCCUGGGGGGCCCCCGCUGGCCUGGGGGUCCCCGCAGCCGGCCCCGAGGCCCGCGCCCCGACGGUCCUCAGCCCUCACUCUCGCCGGCGGAGCAGCACCUGGAAUCGCCAGUGCCCAGCGCUCCGGGGGCCCUGGCGGGCGGCCCCACCCAAGCAGCCCCGGGAAUCCGGGGGGAGGAGGAGCAGUGGGCCCGAGAGAUUGGGGCCCAGCUGCGGCGGAUGGCUGACGAUCUCAACGCGCUGUACGAGCGGCGGAGACAAGAGGAGCAGCAGCGACACCGCCCCUCGCCCUGGAGGGUCCUGUACAAUCUCAUCAUGGGACUUCUGCCCUUACCCAGGGGCCGUGGAGCCCCCGAGAUGGAGCCUAAUUAGGUGCCUGCACCCGCCCGGUGGACGUCGGGGACCUGGGGGGCAGGACCCUCCUGCCUCCUGACGCCCUGGCCAGAGCAGGGGACUCUUUCUGCACCAUGUAGCAUACUGGACUCCCAGCCCUGCCUGGCCCAGGGUCGGGCUGGGGCCACCACUCCAGACCCAGCCCUGGCCUAGCCCGGGGCGCCCUGACACGGAGACGUGGACUCCAGGGGCCCUGGCUGAGAGAGAAGCCAGGGGAGAGAGGGCUGACGGACCGUAGGCGGCAGUGACCGAGGGGGUGGGGACUGAGCCGCCCGCCUCUGCCGCCCACCACCAUCUCAGGAAAGGCUGCUGGUGCUGGCUGCCCGUUCCAGCUGCAGGGGUGGCACUGGGGGGAGGGUGUUUCUCUCCCGGUGCUCCUUCACUUUGGGCCUGGCCUCAGGCCCCUGGUGCUUCCCCCCCUCCUCCUGGGGAGGGGGCCCGUGAAGAGCAAAUGAGCCAAACGUGACCACUAGCCUCCUGGAGCCAGAGAGUGGGGUGCCUCUGCCGGCGGCCCCAGCCCGGCGCCCAGCCAUCUUCCCUGAGCCAGCCGGCAGGUGGUGGGCACGCCUGCCUCACCUUCAUCUGGGGGUGGCCAGGAGGGGCCCAGACUGUGAAGCCUGUGCUCUGCCCGAGACCACCCCCCGCCCCCAUCAAUCUCAUUGCAUAGGUUUAGAGAGAGCACGUGUGACCACUGGCAUUCAUUUGGGGGGUGGGAUAUUUCGGCGGAAACCGCCCCAGCCUUAGUCCCCAGGGCGAAGCGCUGGGGGGAAGACGGGGAGUCAGGGAGGGGGGGAAUUUCAGAAGAGGGAGGAGUUUGGGAGUGGGGAGGGAUGGCCCAGCCUGUAAAAUACUGUAUAUGCGCUGCUGUAGAUACCGGAAUGAAUUUUCUGUACAUGUUCGGUUAAUUUUUUUUGUACAUGAUUUUUGUAUGUUUCCUUUUCAAUAAAAUCAGAUUGGAACAGUG